AUGGCUACCGUUAACGUGCAAAGUCCAAACAUUCGCUACAGUGAGUCACUGAUCGAAGCCGACUACGAGUACGAGAAUGUACGCUGUGUCAAGGACGAGAAGACCAACAGCAUCAAGGCCUACCCAAUGAAGUCGGUGAUCACCUUCCGCACCGAGCGCAAGGUUCCCCGAACGGGACUGAUGCUGGUGGGCUGGGGUGGCAACAACGGCACCACCGUCACCGGCGCCAUCAUCGCCAACCGCAAGGGCAUGCAGUUCCGUACAAAGGAGGGCAUUGUCAAGGCUAACUACUUUGGCAGUGUGACCCAGUCCAGUACGGUCCUUCUGGGCAAUGACUCCAACGGCAAGGAGGUCUUCAUUCCCAUGAAGGACGUUGUGCCCAUGGUCAAUCCCAAUGACCUGGUCCUGGACGGCUGGGACAUCAGCUCAAUGAACCUCGCCGAUGCGAUGGAGCGCGCCAAGGUCCUUGACAUUGGCCUUCAGGAGCAGCUGCGUCCGCACAUGGAGCAGUUCGUGCCCCGGAAGGCCAUCUACAACCCUGACUUCAUCGCGGCCAACCAGAGCGACCGUGCCGACAAUGUGUUGACGAUUGAGGACAAGUGGGCUCAGGUGGAGCAGAUCAGGGCUGACAUUCGAGACUUCAAGGCCAAGGAGAAGCUGGACACGGUCAUCGUCCUCUGGACGGCCAACACUGAGCGCUUCUCCAGUGUGGUGGAGGGCGUCCACGACACUGCUGAUAACUUGCUGGCAGCCAUAAAGCGCAAUGAACCUGAACUGGCGCCAUCGGCUCUCUAUGCUGUCGCCUCUAUCUUAGAGAAGACUACUUACAUCAAUGGCUCGCCGCAGAACACCUUUGUUCCCGGUCUGCUGGAGCUGGCUGAGCGCGAGAAGGUCUUCAUCUCCGGUGAUGACUUCAAGUCUGGCCAGACCAAGUUCAAGUCAGUGCUCGUUGACUUCCUGGUCAGUGCGGGCAUUAAGCCCUGCUCCAUUGUCAGCUACAACCACCUGGGCAACAAUGACGGCUACAAUCUGUCGGCGCCGCAGCAGUUCCGCAGCAAGGAAAUCUCAAAGUCAAACGUCGUCGAUGACAUGGUCAACUCGAACCAGGUGCUGUACGGCCAGGGCCAGUCCCACCCCGACCACACCGUGGUCAUCAAGUACGUCCCCUAUGUGGGCGACUCAAAGCGAGCCCUCGAUGAGUACAUCAGCGAGCUGAUGCUCGGCGGCCGAAACACCAUCGUCGUGCACAACACCUGUGAAGACUCACUGCUCGCCUCGCCCAUCAUCAUCGACUUGGCCAUUCUCGCUGAGCUCUGCACUCGAGUGACCUUCCGCGUGAACAAUGCCAACGCCGAGACGGACUUUCAGCCAUUCAAUUCGGUGCUCUCGGUGCUGUCGUACCUGUGCAAGGCCCCGCUGGUGGAGCGAGGUGCGAACGUGGUGAAUGCCCUUUUCAAGCAGCGCUCCUGCAUUGAGAACAUGCUGCGGGCGUUCAUCGCCCUGCCGCCGAACAACAACCUGGACUUCUACUUCAAGUGCUCCGACCGUAGCCAGUGGUACGAGGAGCUAAAGCAGCCCAUCCUCAAGACUCAGAGUCUGGAGAAGCCCAUUGCUCCCAUCAAUGGCGUCAUGAGUGGUCACUAA